AUGUACAAUUUACUUGAUAUAUUUAAAUCCAUUUUGUAAGUGCAACGAAAUGAGGAAUAUUGUAAAUUCUAAAUGCAUUAAGAGAAAUAUUUAAAUCUGUAUCGCUUAGAAUUGAAAGAAACCAACCAUAAAAACUUAACUUUUUAAAGAUUAAGUUAGAAGUUAAGCUUGCUACCUUUCCAUAAAUACAAACUAAAUAUUGAAGUUAUCAGAAUAAUCAAACUGAUUCCAUUUUUGUUCAGCUUUUAAGUUCUUUAUGAGCAGACAUAUUGGAUUAAAUUAUAAAUUUACUAUCAAUAUGAAUAUUGUUUAGAAUAAUCAAACAUAUAUUAUUAUUGCUUCGGCUAUUUACUUUUUAUUAAUUAUCAAUACUUUCUACUUUAUUCAUAAGUUAAGCUUGAUAAUAAUGUUUGUACUUCUCCUGUUUAAAGUUAGGAUGCACUCUAUUAGAAAUUAGACUAGCUGAAGCUUAGGGAUACUCACCUUUCUAAUUUUAUAGCUUUUUUUUUAUAACAUUAUCAACUAGAUUUCAUGAAAAAAUGA